CCAGCUGGGAACAGAUCAAGAGAAAACCGCGUCUCUUUCUUUUCUCAAUCAGCUCUUAAAUUUUUUCCAAACUCCACCGUCAAACCACCCGCACUCUUAACUUUCUCUUACUCGCAUUUUCAAUCAAACCCCACGGAUCAAACGGAUCAAACCCGAAAUGGCAUCCGAGAACGACACCCCCAAAUCCGGAUCCGCCAACGGUGACGCUGCUACUAGUCCCGCGGCCACGCAGCCACACAAGGUGGCGCUGAUUACCGGCAUUACCGGUCAAGACGGUUCAUACCUGACGGAAUUCCUCCUCAACAAAGGGUACGAGGUUCACGGUCUGAUCCGUCGCUCCUCCAACUUCAAUACGCAGCGUAUCAAUCACAUCUACAUCGACCCCCACAACGCCCACAAGGCUCGCAUGAAGCUCCACUAUGCCGACCUCACUGACGCUUCCUCUCUCCGCCGCUGGCUCGAUACGAUCCGCCCCGACGAGGUCUACAACCUAGCAGCGCAAUCGCACGUCGCUGUUUCAUUCGAGAUCCCUGAUUACACCGCCGAUGUUGUCGCCACUGGGGCCCUUCGACUAUUAGAAGCGGUCCGAUCUCACAUCUCCGCCACCGGGCGCGCUCACAUCAAAUAUUACCAGGCUGGAUCUUCUGAAAUGUUUGGAUCCACUCCACCUCCGCAGUCUGAAACCUCGCCUUUCCACCCUAGAUCCCCCUAUGCAGCCUCGAAAUGCGCUGCGCAUUGGUACACCGUCAAUUACCGGGAGGCUUACGGGCUAUUCGCAUGCAAUGGGAUCCUCUUCAACCACGAAUCGCCGCGUCGCGGAGAGAACUUCGUGACCCGGAAGAUCACGCGAGCUGUGGGGCGCAUCAAGGUGGGUCUGCAGAGCAAGCUGUUUCUGGGGAAUCUACAGGCGUCGAGGGACUGGGGUUUCGCUGGGGACUAUGUCGAAGCGAUGUGGAUGAUGCUGCAGCAGGAGAAGCCGGACGAUUACGUGGUGGCGACGGAGGAGUCGCACACGGUGGAGGAGUUCUUGGAGGUUGCCUUCGGGUACGUGGGGUUGAAUUGGAGAGAUCAUGUGGUUAUCGACAAGAGAUAUUUCAGGCCUGCGGAGGUGGACAACUUGAAGGGCGACUCAAGCAAGGCGAGGAAGGUGCUUGGAUGGAAGCCUAAGGUGGGUUUUGAACAGUUAGUGAAGAUGAUGGUUGAUGAAGACAUCGAAUUGGCUAACAGGGAGAAGGUGCUUGUGGAUGCUGGCUACAUGGAUGCCCAGCAGCAGCCAUAAUGGGGCCUUUCCUGGUUAUCGAUAUCAUUAUUUGAUGCUUCAUAGAGAGAGUAUAGUUUGAUUUCCAGAGGAGAGUACUUAUUUGAUGUUCUAA